GCAAGCAAGGCAAGCAAGGCAAGUAAGAGGAGCCCAGAAUUCUAGUGAAGCUCCCCGUCGUCGUGGUGAGCCCGUGAAUUGGCCUCUCUGAUUGUGGGCUGUGGGCACUGGGGAGUUGGCCAUCAUUCCUGGUCAAUUUGUUGGUCCAUCGCCGGACAGCCGGAAUCUUUGGGCCCACCUCGGGUCAUUCAUUCAUUGACGCUCCCCUUUUCUGGCGCUGGAAACGCCGAGCCGGAUAUGGCGGGUGGCGAGAUGAUGGUGCAAGACCACUUGCUCCAAGACUUCCUGGGCGGCGGCGGCGGAGGCGGGGCUGGAGGCGGUGAUCAAGGCGAGUUGGUGCAGACGGGUUCGCCGUGCAUCCUGUGUUCGCCGUUGCCCAACCAUUGGCGGUCGAACAAGUCGCUGCCGGUGGCGUUCAAGGUGUUCUCCUUUCAAGAAGUGCCGGAUGGCACCUUGGUCACGAUUCGCGCAGGCAACGACGACAACUACUGCGGCGAGCUUCGCAAUCACACGGCCAUCAUGAAGAACCAAGUGGCCAAGUUCAGCGACCUGCGAUUCGUGGGGCGAAGCGGCCGCGGGAAGAGUUUCACCGUCACUAUCACCGUCAAUGCCCACCCCAAUCUCGUGGCCACCUACAACAAGGCCAUCAAGGUCACGGUGGAUGGACCGCGAGAGCCACGCACCAAGUCCCGCAUCUUCCCCGGUCUCUUCGGUCCGGUGGGUCUCUUCCAAGGCCAUUGGAUGGACCCGUCCUACUUGCAUCAUUGGGACUUUAUCUUGCGCGGCGAGGCCAGUGGAGCUACCUCGCCCAAAUUGCCUCAUCUCAGUGGUCUGUUCAAGCCCAACUUGGAAGCCCCGCUCAGCUCCAAUUUCUUGGGACUGAACCGUGGGCUGCAACAACACCUCCUGUCUAUGGCCUCGGGUCCGAAUUCGGGAGCCCACCAUGACCGCGAGGCUGCCUUGGACGCCACCCUAGAGGAUGGCGCCGAGUCGGACAAGGUGGGCAAGACUGACGAAAGUCCCUCGCCGUCUUCUUCAUCCAGCCAACUCUCCACCUCGGGCUCGGCCUUCAAGCAGGUCAAACCAAUGCCUCCCCACCGGUCUUCCUCGUCGUCCGAAAAGCGGACCAAGCAUGUCUGGCGUCCGUACUAAAGGCCGUAUCCCCCGAUGUUUGGAUGCAGCACCAGUACGAUCUCAAUUGAUGAGUGGAUGGAUGGAUGGCCCAGAAUGAACUUCCGCUCUCGAAGACCACGCGCGCCUUCAUCCAUCUCUCCGAAUCCCGAAUCUCCCACCUCGUUUAGAUUGCCUAACCUUGACAAUGCAGUAUAUAGUAUAUAUAUAUAUGUAAACGUAUAUACGUGUCGAUAUGUCCGUAUCCAACCGUCGGGUCGACUCCAACCAACCUUACGUUGUUUCUCUUGUCACAAUGCAUUGAUGUACCAUCUAGUGGACUAUUUCUUAGAAUAAAAAGUCCUACCAACCAUUAAAUAA